AUGGUGGUUAACAAAGACUGGAUAAAUGUUACACCACAAUUAUCCAAACCAGUGCUACGAUGCAUCGGCAAGCAAGGUUUUGAAACCAUGACUCCCAUUCAAGCAGCAGUUAUUCCUCUUCUUUUGUCGUGUAAAGAUGUAGUAGCUGAAGCGGUAACAGGAUCUGGUAAGACCCUGGCAUUUGUGGUUCCCAUGCUGGAAAUGAUAAUGAAAAAGGAAAAAGAAGCUCCACUGCGUAAGGAGUUUGUUUACGCAGUUGUUAUAUCGCCUACGAGGGAACUUGCCAUUCAAAUAUAUAAGGUAUUAGGAUUGUUUCUCCAGGAAGCCGAAUUAUCGCACAUAACAUUGGCAUUACUGGUAGGUGGGCGUGCAAUUGAAGUGGAUGUGGAAAGCAUUAAUAAAGGAGCAAAUCUAGUUGUGUGCACCCCAGGACGUUUAGAAGAUUUAUUGUCUGAGAGAAAGCAAUUAAACUUAGCUGGCAGAUUAAAGGAACUGGAGAUUUUAGUCCUGGACGAAGCAGAUCGGUUGCUGGACCUUGGCUUUAGUACAACUCUGACUACCAUUCUCCAGUAUUUGCCGAGACAACGACGGACGGGCCUUUUCUCCGCUACUCAAACAAAGGAACUGCAAGACCUGGUCCGAGCCGGUCUAAGGAAUCCAGUUUUGAUUAGUGUUAAAGAGAAAUCGUCAAUCAGCACUCCAAUCGCUUUAGAGAACUACUACGUAAUAGUCGAGCCCCGGGAUAAGUUUCUGUUCCUGCUAAACUUCAUAAGAAACCGUAGGACUCAGAAAGGGUUGUUCUUUUUACCGACAUGCGCUUGUGUUGAUUACUGGGCAGACGUGUUGCCGCUAUUCGUACCAGAUAUGAAGAUAUUUGCGAUACACGGGAAAAUGAAACAGAAGAGACACAAGAUAUUGGAGAAUUUCCGCGAGGCUGACAACACAAUCUUGUUAUGCACAGACUUAUUAGCUAGGGGUCUGGACAUACCGGAGGUCGAGUGGGUAGUGCAAUGGGAGCCCCCGAGCAGCCCCGCCGCUUUAGUUCAUCGCGUCGGCCGCACGGCGCGUGGGGGCGCGCGCGGCUUCUCCCUAUUGCCGCUGCUGCCCUCCGAGGACGCCUAUGUCCCCUUCAUCAAGACCAACCAGAAAGUGGAGCUUAAAGACUGGCGGGGGUCCGCCGACGAGAUCAAGAUAAGCCAGAAGCUGAGGGAAAAGGUUUUAUCGAUGCUCCACGAUGCCCAGAAGAAAGACAGGGCCGUGUUAGACAAGGGCCAGAGGGCAUUUGUGUCUCACGUUCAGGCUUACUCCAAACACGAGUGCAAUCUCUUGCUCCAGCUCAAGGAGUUGCCCUUGGGUCACAUCGCCACCAGCUAUGGCCUCCUCAAGCUGCCGAUUAUGCCCGAAGUUAAGGAGGAGCACAGGAAGCAGUUUGUCGGGCCGAAGGAGCAAAUGGAUUAUAACCUAAUACCGUACAAGGAUAAGCAAAAGGAAGCGAGCAGGUUACAGAAAUUGGAGGAAUACAAAAAGACUGGUGUUUGGCCCUCCAAGAAGAAAAAGAAGAUGGUUCAAUCUCAGCCGUGGCGGCAGGCGAAGCAGAACAAAGAGGAGAGGAGGGAGCGUAAAAAGAAACGGAAAGAGACGCAGAAGAAUGCGGAAGGGAAAAGGGGUAAGAGGCGACGGGCGGUCACGCAGGAGGAGUUGGACGAGCUGGCGGCCGAUGUGGCGCUCAUGAAGAAGCUGAAGAAACGCAAAAUAACUAAAGAGCAGUUCGAUGAGGCGUUCGAUGGGAGCCAA